UAAGUGGUGUGCAUAACAAGGCAAAGGGUGUGUGUGAGUGAAGUUGCUAACGCAAUGGAAUGGUUGAGAUGCCCCAUUUCUGCAUUCUUAUUCCCCGUCUUUUGCUUUGUUGCCUUCUUCCUCUUCUUUCCCUUCAAGCUACAAAAUAAUGUCACCCACUUUCUCUUUUCUCCUCCUUUGCUUCCUUCCACUGUCAAACACCUACAAAACCACACAAAUAUUAUCUCUUCUUCUUCUUAUCCUUCUCCUUCACCCUCUCCUUCGCCUUCUCCCUCACCUUCAUCGCUUUAUCUUCUUUCCAACUUCACACCUGCAAAUCAAACCACCAAUAACAGCACUGUGUUAAGCAGCUCUACUAAGAAAUUUGCUGGUUUGGAGAAAAUAGAAGAAGGAUUGGCACGAGCUCGAGCCGCAAUUCAGGAAUCUAUCCGCUCAAGGAACUAUACUUCAGACACCAGACAAACUUUUGUUCCUAAAGGAUCUAUUUACUGGAAUCCACACGCUUUUUAUCAGAGCCACACGGAGAUGGUGAAGAGAUUCAAAGUGUGGGUGUACGAGGAAGGAGAACAGCCAUUGGUGCACGAUGGACCAGUAAAUGAUAUAUACGCCAUUGAAGGGCAAUUUAUGGAUGAAAUAGACAAUUAUGAUAAGUGGAGCCAUUUCAGGACAAGAAAUCCUGAGGAAGCUCACGUUUUUUACAUUCCUUUCAGCAUAGCUAAUAUUGUUCACUAUGUCUACAAGCCUAUCAUGAAGCAUUCAGAUUACGAACCUAUUCGCCUGCAGCGGUUGGUGGAAGAUUAUAUCGGUGUCGUUGCAGAUAAGUAUCCUUAUUGGAAUAGAAGUGAAGGUGCUGACCAUUUUUUACUGUCAUGUCAUGAUUGGGGUCCGAAAGUGUCAUUCGGGAAGCCUAAAUUGUUCAAGAGUUUCAUCAGGGUACUUUGCAAUGCCAACACCUCAGAAGGAUUCAUACCUAACAAAGAUGUGUCAAUCCCAGAAGUGAAAUUGCCAAAGGGAAAGCUAGGUUCACCCAAUCUAGGGCAACGCCCAGACGAUCGCAGCAUUUUAGCUUUUUUUGCCGGAAAAGAACAUGGUAACAUUCGAACAAUCUUGCUGAAUUAUUGGAAGGGAAAAGAUAAUGAAGUCCAAGUUUAUGAAUCUCUUCCAAAGGGCGUAGACUACUUUAAAUUAAUGGGAGAAAGCAAGUUUUGCUUGUGUCCCAGUGGUUUUGAAGUAGCAAGUCCUAGAGUGGUGGAAGCACUUACUGCGGGGUGUGUGCCUGUGUUAAUCAGUAGUAAUUACUCUCCACCCUUUUCUGAUGUGUUGAAUUGGAGUCAGUUUUCGUUGGAGAUUCCAGUGGAGAAAAUACCAGAAAUCAAAACUAUUCUGCAAAGAGUUUCAAGGAAUAGGUAUUUGAAAUUGCAUAUGAACGUGAUGAGAGUUCGAAGGCAUUUUAUGAUUUAUCGACCGGCAAAGCCAUUCGAUAUGAUGCAUAUGAUACUUCAUUCGAUUUGGCUCAGAAGAUUGAAUCUUAGAUUAAUUGCUUCGGCAAGCUCCUAGUUUUGUCUGUCAUAGUAUACACCACCGAAUGUACUUACAAAUGUAUAUUCAUGUUUUAUUUCAUUUAAUAACUACAAUGUUUAUUUCAAUA